AUGGCGGACCCGAACGAAUCGUCGCACUUUUUACUCCAGCCAUUGAAUUUUGACGCAUCUACAUCAUCUGCGCCGAGCACUGGAAUGACUGGAUAUAAUAUGUGCCAAAGUGACAUCUCCGAUGGGAGACACGACGAAGCCACAAGAGGCUGGUACGAUGAACACAGCACGGAGGCAUGUACCGAGAACACCAGCCUUUUGAUUCGGGAGACUGGAAAAGAUGAUAACGAGAGCCUACCUAAGAAGCAUCAAAGAAACAUUUUCCUGGUCUGGAGCCUUGAGCUGGCCCUUCUAUUACUGGCAACAGGGUUGCUUGGAUCCAUUUUCGCUAUCCUCAGCGCGUACAACACUCAUGAGAUGCCUGAUUGGAAUGGCGAGACAGGAGUUGGUAUCACACUCAACGCUCUUAUUGCUGUGAUAGCUACCAUCUUCCGCGCAAUCCUAGCCUUUGUGGCCUUGGAGGUCUUGGCCCAGCUGAAAUGGGACUGGAUCACAAAGACAUUCAGGCCCGUGGGCGAUAUGCAGCGCUACGGUGAUGUGUCGCGGGGCGCAUGGGGCUCGCUGAUGCUGCUUCCAAUUGUCUUUAAGCGCCAACCGCAGGCCAUUGUAGCCGUGGUAGUCGUUGUUGCUUCUCUGGCCAUUGGACCUGUCACUCAACAGACCAUACAGCCAUACUAUUGCGCCCAGAUUGCUCCAGAGCGGUCGGCGACAAUCAUUGUGGCUAACAAACUCGAUAAGGGCUGUAUCUACUACCAGGAGCGCCCGUCAUCAUGGAAGCUUCAUAGCUCGAAUAUUGACAACCUCUUCAAUUGUCCUUCGGGAAAUUGUACUUCUCAGACCCACCCUGACAAUCCUGGGCAGCCGGACCAGGAGCAGGUUUCACACGCCAGCCUGGGUAUGUGUAGUCGCUGUGAGGACAUAUCAAAGCUUGUACAAAUCAGAACGGAAUACAAUUCCGAAUCCGACUUGUAUCAGGCCAUACUGAGUAUGGACGUGCCAUCUAAUCUCAAUGAGUCGGAUCGUAUUGAGAUUAGAUCAGGUGACUCAAGCCAAAGCGCGCGGUAUUUUGAGUCGAAACUUGAAAAGGUCUUUUGGUGGGCGGACAAAGCAUUACCAAAAGACUUUCUCAACACUGCCCGUUGGUCAGCCGCGAAUUUGACUAUGCUAGCUUUCUCGCAGCAAAACCGUCAAGAUGAGACUGAUGGCAGUAUGUUGUGUCCGCUAGUCGGUGACAGCGGCAAGGCGAAGGGUCCUGUGGCCUGGCGGCAACCAACUGGUUAUAUUGCAGCCACGUGCAUCUUGUAUCCAUGCGUCAAACACUAUGCUGGCACUGUACGCUCAGGGUCUCUUUCAGAAAGGGUCGUCAGGAGCACGCCGCUGCGUGUACAAAUUCCCACAAACCUUGAGGACUCAUACGCUGGCAGGGCAGCUAAUAUGGUUGCUCAACCCUUGCAGGGCGUUCAAUAUCCUUGUUUUGUCAACGGUACACUACACACCUCAACAAAUAUGACUGCGAAAUCCGAGAAGUUUCCAGAAGACGCCAGACAAAGUGUUUUCAUUCAUCUCGAAGACUGGGAGAACCAUAGCCUUCAGGAAUCGAUUGGCUACCGCAACGUCACUGCUCCUCACGAAUGCGUCGUGACACUGAGGCACCUGUUCAUCUAUUCUCUUCGGCGGAGUCUCUCUGAGACCUUCAACGCGUAUUACAGACCUCAAGGCUACCAGACUAACUUUGUAUCCUGCUACACGGCUACCGAGGCUAGCUCAUUACCUAUGGCCUCUAUUCUACGCCCUCGUCCUACAAGCAUACAGACUAUCUCAGAGUCGAUGAACUCCAUGUCCAUGCGCAUAACGACAGAGUUUAGACGUGCCGGGUUGGGCGCCUAUGGCAAUUCCACAGCGGUUGUUGAAGGACAAGGUUUGGAAGACAGAUAA